AAACCAUUUUACUUGUAGUGUCUGCAUCAAGUCUGGAAGCAAGGGCUCAAUUUUAACAGAAUCCACCUUAAAAUCUCUCCCUUAACUUAUGCCUACCUUCCACCACUUUGAGUGAGAAUAUCACAGGACAAGGGGGGGAAAUAAAGACGCCUCUGGAAAAAUCGGGUGUUAAUAGGACAAUAUCUGCUCGCGGUGGAGAGAGGGGAGAGAGACAACAGCACAGCGAGAGAGAAAAAACCGAUUUGGUCUUGAGAGAGAGGGGGGUGAGUGCUCUCAAGGCAGAAAAUUCGAUGAUGACCAUGACUACGAUGGCUGACGGUCUGGAGGCUCAGGACUCGUCCAAGUCUGCUUUCAUGGAGUUUGGACAGCAGUCGCACUCACAGCAGAGCUCCCCAUCGAUGGGCAGCGGCCACUACCCGCUGCACUGUCUCCACUCCGGCUCACACUCUCACCACCAGCACGACAACACCCCGUACCCCGGGAGCAACACCUACAACAGGUCGUUACCUUACCCUUACGUGAGCCAUCCACACCACAGCCCGUACCUGCCGUCCUAUCACAACAACAUGGGAGGACAGACAAGGUUAGACGGCACAGAGCAGCAGAAGACGACAGUGAUCGAAAACGGGGAGAUUCGUUUUAACGGCAAAGGCAAGAAGAUUCGCAAACCUCGGACAAUUUAUUCCAGUUUGCAGCUUCAAGCACUGAACCACCGUUUCCAGCAAACACAGUACCUCGCUUUACCGGAGCGCGCCGAGCUGGCCGCCUCUCUAGGACUGACGCAAACACAGGUAAAAAUUUGGUUUCAGAAUAAAAGGUCAAAGUUCAAGAAGCUGCUGAAGCAAGGCGGUAACCCGCACGAGAGCGAGCCCAUCCCGGGCUCCAUGUCCCUGUCCCCGCGCUCUCCGAGCAUCCCCCCAAUCUGGGACGUGUCGGCCUCAUCCAAAGGAGUAAACAUGCCGGCCAACAGCUACAUGCCCGGCUACUCUCACUGGUAUUCCUCCCCACAUCAAGACUCAAUGCAGAGAUAGACUGACGACGAAAGCAAGGUCAGGGAGCCUGUCUUGGAGAGGCCUCCGGAUCUCGGCAAUGCAGUUUCCAACGUAGCCUACAAUUUGUGUCAGCUCAGAAACUGGAUGCUGGAGAGGAGCGGGCAACAACAACAACAACAACAACAACGAAAAAAAGCCCCCUCUCUCUUCCACUCCUUUGCUGAAGGAUGAGACACAGCCAAGCCUCGGUGUGUGAUGAUGAUGACACAAACAAGGGAACUAACCAUUUUUAGCGUACAUGGCUGUUCAGUGGGCUCGCAUUUGUUAUGCUUUCAUUCUUGUCACCAUCUGAACCGUCAAUAUACCAAAUAUUAUCAGUGACAUUUUAGCCACUUUGGACAAAGACUGCUCACCCUCUCUAUGCGCUGCUGUGGCGCCCAGAAACCUUUUUUUUUUUCUUUUGCCAUGGUGGACUGCUUUUUUUUCAAAAUUUUCUUCCUUCAAUUUUUUUCCCUCCCUGAUUGUUUCUCCAACAUGCAAAACCAAGCAAAUUGUCUGUCUGUAAAUAUAAUCUGCGAUUUUAGUUGUACAUACACUUUUUAUGUUUUGUCAGAUUGAGUAAACGGUGACUCAAAAA